CCUCAAAGCCAGCGCCACCGAAAACUAUCGGAACAUUAUUAUUAUUAUUAUUAUUUUAGUUGCAAGGAGCGCGGUGCGUACCACCUGCGACCGAGAGCCAGCACCCGCCAUGAACAGCCUUGUGCGACGCACCCAUCAGCUCCAUCAGCUGUGGCGCACGUACUGCAGCGCUCCGGCGUCCGCCGCCAGCCGGACUGCAGGUCGGCCCAGCUACGAGGAGUUCAUUGGCCAGCACCAGCAACAGGCCCAGCGCAGCAUUGUCGUCCAGGUGAGCUCCGAGAAGUCGUACGCGGAGUUGUAUAACUACUGCAGCCGGUUCGGCUCCAUUCUCGGCGCCCAUCACUAUUGCGUGCGGCAGGACGAGGCGCUGCACUAUGUCCUGCUGGAGUAUGCCACGGCCGGCGAGGCAGCGGCCGCCAUUGAUGCCGGCGUUACCAAUGGCGACCUGAGCGGUGUGCCCGUCCGCUCGCCCUUCCUCUGGUUUCGGGCAGCGGCGGCAGCGGGUGCGCGGCGUGGCCCCAAGCUGGCUUCGCAACCGGCACCGACCGCUCUGCUCUCAAUCGAUGGCAAUCGGCCGGCGGAACAGGAACACCUGCUAAUUGUGCUCCGCGGCGCCAGGGAUAUCGAGGAGCAGGUGCAGCUGCUGCACCAGCACUCGCGUCUGAACGAGCUGGGCGUGCGUCUUCGCUUCCUGGCCGCCCUGCAGGUGCAGCAGGCCAUCUCUGGCAUGUUUCCUGCCGCCCAGGCCCUGCCCUUUGGCUCGUCGGUCAAUGGUUUUGGCAAGAUGGGCUGUGAUCUGGAUCUUAUCCUGCGUUUUGACAAUGACACGGGCGGCGGUGGCGGCGGCCACCAGGAGCCAUCGCGUCUGGUGUACCAUACCAAGGAGAACCUGAGCAAUGGACGAUCGCAGACGCAACGGCACAUGGAGUGCUUUGGAGACAUGCUGCAUCUGUUCCUGCCGGGCGUGUGCCAUGUGCGUCGCAUCCUGCAGGCCAGGGUGCCCAUCAUUAAGUAUCAUCACGAGCAUCUGGAUCUGGAGAUUGACUUGAGCAUGAGCAACCUCACCGGCUACUACAUGUCCGAGCUGCUGUACAUGUUCGGCGAGCUGGAUGUGCGCGUCCGGCCACUUACCUUCAGCAUCCGACGCUGGGCACAGGCCUGCGGCCUGACCAAUCCCUCCCCAGGACGCUGGAUCAGCAACUUCUCGCUCACCUGCCUGGUCAUGUUCUUUCUGCAGCAGCUGCGCCAGCCCAUCCUGCCCACCAUAUCGGCCCUGGCCAAGGCGGCCGAGCCCUCGGACAUGCGCAUCACCGAGGAUGGCAUCAAUUGUAGCUUUGGACGCGACCUGGAGCGCCUGGGGUUCCGGAGUCGCAAUCAGAGCUCGCUAAGCGAGCUGCUGCUGCAGUUCUUCGAGUUCUACUCGCAGUUUGACUUCCACAAUCGUGCCAUCUCGCUGAACGAGGGCAGGGCGCUGGCCAAGCCGGAUCACUCGGCCAUGUACAUUGUGAAUCCGCUGGAGCAGCUGCUCAAUGUGAGCAAGAAUGUCAGCCUGGAGGAGUGCGAGAGGCUGCGCAUUGAGGUGAGGAAUGCGGCCUGGGUGCUCGAGUCGGAGGUGGAGAGUGCCUCGCUCUCGCCGGAGGCUGGCGAGGGUCACGGCAGCCACAACGAACGUCUGGAGAUGUCCUGGGGCCUGCUCAAUCUGUUCAAGCAGCCGGAGAAGGCGGUCAUUCGGCCGAAUAUGUUCUUCAAGCCCCGCAUGGUGGAGGUGAGUGAUCUGUUCGAGCAGAAGGAGGCCUCCUCCUCCUCCUCCGCCACCGUGCCCACUGCCAGUCUGAGUCCGAGCUCAGCCGAGCCACCGAUCACCUACAAGAGCGCCUCGGUGCGUCAACAGGUGCAGAGCAUCAAGGCGGCCACGCGUUCCGAGCUGAAGCAGCUGCGAGGAUCAGCGAAUGGGAGCAGUGCUGCCCCAGGGAACAGUCCAAAGAACAGGCGGAGCAGCAGGUGAUGCUCCGCCUGGCCCGUGUACAUACCUGCGUAGGCUUAACUACAGGCUAAACUGUAACUAAACUGAUCGUUGUUCAUACUGUUAGCCCCUCCCCCCUAAUACCCCCCUCCUAGGUAAGCUAAGACUAGCUAAGAUCGUGCGCCAAUGUUGAGUAUUUAAAUCAAUUUUUGUAUCGACGAAUAAAAGAAAAAUUUAUGAGGUCAGAAAAAA